AUGGAAAAUAUCAAUAUCUCAAUUGAUCAAGCAAAUGCAGGCAGACCAUGGAAUGAAUCACUAUUCGGCUGUUUUAGUGAUAUUAAAACAUGUUGUUAUGGAUUCUGGUGUCUACCAUGUUUAUUUGGUGAUAAUGUUGAAAAAAUUGAUGGUAGUAGUUGUGUAGGAUGUUGUCUUGCAUAUUGGGCAUCGAGCACCUGUUUUUUAUGUUGGAUACCACACAUGAUGAAACGAAAAGUACUACGUCAAAAAUAUCUUUUGGAAGAAGAACCAUGUCAUGAUUGUCUUGUAACUGCUUGUUGUGGACCAUGUGCUGUUUGUCAAGCGGCUCGAGAACUAAAGAGUAGAAGUGGAGCACAACGUCGUCCUAACGUAUUUCCCGUACGUGCUCAACCAGUGGCUUAUCGAAAAUAA